AGUGACCCCAAAGUGCUGGAGGGAGGGGGCGGGGGUGGCCCAGUGCAAAGUGCAUCCAGAAAACCCCCUAUCUAGAGCCCCCGAGGCUGGCACUUAGGACCCUGUGCGACCCGGGACCUUGCUGCCCCGAGACCUCCCGCGUUUCCCUCGUAGCCGGGAGCCUCCGGCCCGGAGCGCGGUAGCCCCCUGCUCGGAGCCCUCAGACCGGGACUCUCCGCCCCCCCACCCCCCGCCAUCCCCAGCCGGGACUUCCUCCCUGCACCCCUGCCCCGAGGCUGCCCCGCGGCCAGGACCGCCGCCCCGCGUCAGCUCGGCUGUGUGGAUGCUCGCCGGGCUGGGGCCGUGAGGCACCGAGGAGGCUCAGGAACACCCGUGUCCGGCCCUGCCUGGGGUGUUUCUUCAAUGGAGAAGUUGGUGAGUGUGGAAGAGGCUGAAAGGAGGAAGAGAAGCAGCAGCUGAGGAGACAGGUUCGAGUUGGCUAGGGGAGCCUAGAGGAGCAGGAAGCGGCCUGCCCACCCGCCGAAGUAGCAGAGAGAACCUCUCACUAGCAUCCUCUGUGAAGGUUAAGAAAGCUGGUCCACGCCAUCGUCUGGACACACUCGGAGUCCUCUCCCCACGAUGCUGUAUGUGCACAAUGGUCAUUAGGCAGUCCACCUAUCAGGAAGAGGGACAUUCCAACGGAAGGCUGAUCCCCGUGACCUGAUGACGCAUCUGUGAGAGGCGGACUCAGCUAGGAUGUUACACCACCAUUGCCGUAGGAACCCUGAGCUGCAGGAGGAGUUGCAGAUUCAGGCCGCGGUGGCUGCUGGCGAUGUGCACACCGUCCGUAAGAUGCUAGAGCAGGGAUACUCGCCCAAUGGCCGGGACGCCAACGGCUGGACUCUGCUCCACUUCUCGGCGGCGAGAGGAAAGGAGAGAUGUGUCCGCGUGUUUCUAGAGCACGGAGCCGACCCCACGGUGAAGGACCUCAUCGGAGGCUUCACCGCUCUGCAUUACGCAGCCAUGCACGGCCGGGCCCGGAUCGCGCGCCUGAUGCUCGAGUCCGAGUACCGGAGUGACAUCAUCAACGCCAAGAGCAAUGACGGUUGGACACCCCUGCACGUGGCCGCGCACUACGGCAGGGACUCCUUCGUCCGGCUCCUGCUGGAGUUCAAGGCCGAGGUCGACCCGCUCAGCGACAAAGGCACGACGCCGCUCCAGCUCGCCAUCAUCCGGGAGAGGUCGAGCUGCGUGAAGAUCCUCCUGGACCACAACGCCAACAUUGACAUCCAGAACGGGUUUCUGCUGCGCUACGCCGUGAUCAAGAGCAACCACUCGUACUGCCGGAUGUUCCUGCAGAGAGGCGCAGACACGAACUUGGGGCGCCUGGAGGACGGACAGACGCCCUUGCACCUGUCCGCGCUUCGGGACGACGUGCUCUGUGCGCGGAUGUUGUAUAAUUACGGCGCAGACACGAACACGAGGAACUAUGAGGGGCAGACCCCACUGGCCGUCUCACUGAGCAUUUCUGGGAGCGGCCGACCGUGCCUGGAUUUCUUGCAGGAAGUCACAAGGCAGCCCCGAAACUUGCAGGACCUGUGCCGAAUUAAAAUUCGACAAUGUAUAGGCCUUCAAAACCUAAAGCUACUUGAUGAACUACCGAUUGCCAAGGUCAUAAAAGACUACUUAAAACACAAAUUUGAUGAUAUCUGAUAGACACAGAACUGUGAGCAAGAUUAGGAGUUAUAUUCCAGAUACUUUAAAAGGCUUUUCGCCUUGCACAAAGUAUAUCCUAUGCAAUUUCUGAUUUGCUGCGAAGUCAGAAAGCAGGUAUACACUUUUAGGUUUAUUUUUGUUUGGUUGGUUGGUUGGUUUUCAUUGUAGGGGAUGGUUAUUUUAUAUAUAUAUAUAAACACACCACAUGCUUGAAGGUCUUAAUUUGGUUCCUUGGUCCAGGUUGAAGAGGUCCAAGCUUUCUAGACAAUGUGGCAUUUACAAAAGUUGUUUUUCCGAAGGGACACAAGCAGGUCAGGAGUGGAGAAUUUUCCCUUUUCCAAUGUGUGGUUUCACUGGUGUGCACAUGACUACAAACCAGCAGAGCACCUGGGAAGGGGGGGGUCCCAGCUUCCCCAUGGGGGGGGUCCCAGUUUCCCCCCAAGGGGUCCCGGUGCUCCUGCAAAGUGUCCUCAGACCUACUUGCAGGACCGCUGUCACCGCAUUCCUUUCUCAUGAAAACAAAUUGGCUGCUUCAAACUGUUCUGUCCCGACGACUGUGGCUUCCGGGCGACAGAAAUUCCGGUACCUCUGUUUUCCCGAUGGUGUGCUCUCGUUUUUAACUUAUUUUUUUAACAACUGUUAGUACACUACUCAGAGACGCCGGGCCUCAACUUCUGUCUCUAGAUGAAUAGUGCUUUAAAAAAAAAACAAACUAACGAGAAAGAAAAUAACUUUCUAAAGCCACUGUAUUCUGGUUCUAAGACACCUCCAGUGCAAUACUCCUCCUGGCGUGUUUUACCCACUCUUUCACCUGACGUUCCCCAUUCCACAGCCGGCUCUGACAUGCCCAUGGGGACAGGAACGGCCGCUCCAGUUUUUGUGGCAGAAGCAGAGUCUGUCCAGCUUCCUUUUUAAGCUUCACCCUCCAUUCUACGUUAGGCAGAAAAUUUCAGGUCCCAAUGGUAGAGCGUUCCCUAAAAAAAAAAAAAAACCCCAAUAUUGUUAAACCAUUUGGCUUCAUGGUUACUACAGCAUUUGGGGCGGUUUCAUGGUGUUUUUGUUCUUCCCAGUUAGGAAAGAUCUCUUAAGAGAGGAAACUUUCUAACAGGCGCACAAUUUGCAGGCCUGGUUCAUUUCCCAGCAUGCAAAUGAAAGGCUUCCUGUCUGCUACAAGGGCGUGCUUACGCGGGGAAGCUGUCGGGCACAGCUACGUGUUGCAUUCAUGGGGCAGCAGCUGCUGGCCAUGCAGAACCAGCUGUGGCCACAUGUCCAUCCCCGUGGAAGAGCUCCCAGAAGCAGUCAGGGAUGUGCGAGGUGCCCUUGGACGUAGGUUCUGCACUUGACCUUGUCCCAUCAUAGUCGGUUUCCAAACCACCUUCUCAGCUAUCCCAGUGCCGUUCUGCGCGCUUUGGGAAAUUUCAAAACGGUUCCACACUAGUCAUAAAUGUCUCAUCACAAGUUUACACGAUGCAGGGCUUCUCUUGUCUGCAUUUCUAGUUUCACGUCCUCGAGUCCGAAAUGGUGCCACCCGAAAAGCGUAACAGCAGAAUCGGAGGCCGGCGCUAGUUCACCCUCUCUCCAGGGCCUGCAGGGAUAUUUCAAGAAGCCCCGGGUUUAUUCCCUUGGACCUCAGAGUAGCUGUAGCAGCCGAGCGUCUGGUCUGCUUGUCCCAGCAGCGCGCACGGCUCCAAGGGAACGGCCAGCUGCAGAGAAAGGGUGGUUUUGGCUGGUGAGAUUCACAGCCUCUUCUGCAGGGGGGGCCAGUGAGCCCUCGGCCAGCUUUGUGACCCUCCCACCAUUCUAACAGCAGCCUGGUGGCUAGAAACAGGCGGUCUGUUCUUCUCUCCAUAAAACGAUCUCCAAAAGAUUAAUUUCCGAGAAAGAGAGAGUCCCUUGUGAAACUGGGAGCUGAGCUGGGGUCUGAUUCUUGAAACCAACACCCGGGUCAAGGCUCAGACUCAUCAGCAGCACCCAGGACAGGGCACAGCCAGAAGGGAAUUGAGCGUCACUUCUCCCCGACACCCCGGGGGGACAAAGACGCGGGAGGGCGCCCAGGGCACACUGAGCAGGGAUGUCCAUGUCAUGUUUGCACGCGGGUGCUUUCCUUGUGUGUGUUAAUCAGUUGGUUUAAAAUCAUUUUUCUCUCCCCCCCGCCUCCCGCCACGAUUUGAAGGUUUCCAAACUAAGCCACUAGACUUUGAGUCAGGAAAUUCCAAGUAAAAAGAUCAGAUUAAGGUAAAUUCUUCAUUCUGUGUUGCUGCUGCAAGUUCAGAAACGGAAAAAAAAAAAUUAUGAGCGCUCUUCCUGGAAUUGAAAUUUCUAUUUAAUGAAGAAGUGUAUAAUUCCAUUAUUUAUUGUUUGAGGUUUGAUUUAUCUGGAAGCGUAAAAAGAAUGUUUUAUUUUUGCUAUUAAUAAAAAUCCCAAUCACAUACCGUAUUAAACAGUAACAGAGAUGUCUCCAAGUUGGUGAUCUGGGGACUUAGGGGGUAAGCGUGCAGGUCUGCAUUUGAAUUCGAUGGUCAGAGAAGCAAAAGGAGUAGAGAAAACACGUUUUUAGAAAAAUCAACUGAUUGGCUUUUCCAGAAUCCUGACUGACAUGUUCCGAAUGGCAUCAAAUUUGUCCCUGAUUCUUCAUGUUUCGUUCGCGAUUUAUUUUUUUUAAGCCUCUGACUAAACCUUUAUAAAAACAUAUAUUUGGCAAGUACACCAAAGAAACCAGCUCAUAAAAAAGAUUUUGGUCAUUCACGAACUGCAAACCUCAUCUCUGGAAACCGAGAUAUUUUUUUUUUCCCGUGUAAAUAUUUGUGUUCAUAAGUGUACAGCAGAGCGAGGGUGUUUUUUAGAUUAUUUAAUUCCCAUUUUUCUAAACGAUUUACUACAGAAUAAUCCGCGCUUGUUGGUUUGGAGGACUCAGCCGUUUUGUCCUUUAAUACGUUAUCAGUCGUGCCGGGAACAGCGUUUGCACUAUAGAGAACCCAGUGCUCUGGUCCUCGCCAGAGCGCGCGUACGGCCCACGAGGGAGCCAGCGUGAUUUGCCAGGCGCACGCCCGCCCUAAGCGACAGGAGUGUGUAGUUUGAAUGACGAGAGAGGACCAUAUGGAAAAUCGAGAUUCUAGCUUCCCUGCCGAAUUGCUCAGUAGCCCAGAAUGUGAUUGGGAUGAGGCCCUUUGCCCCCAAAUUUAGCUUUCAUGUAACUCCGAGUGUGUUCUAUCAUAAUGUAUUUUGUUCUUCCUUUGUAAUGUAAGUUUUGCUUUGGGUCAGUUUGAA